AUGAAAAGGUUAUCUUUACUAUCAACAAUAAAUAAAUUAAAUAAAUUUGGUAUUUCACCAAUCUAUCAAUAUGGUUUAAAUUCUACAACAUUAAGAAAUAUUUUAACUAUUCAACAAAGAUCUUACACAUCAUCAUUAUCAUCAGCACCAUCAGCGCCACCAAUACCAGCGCCACCACCAUCACCAUCAACUAUAACAUCACCAUCACCAUCACCAUCAACAUCACCAUUACCAACAUUUUCAAAUGAUUCAAAAUCUAAAAAAAAUUAUUAUUUAGAAAAAAAAUUAUCAAGGGCAAUAUCAACUAAAGAAAUGGAAAAAAAAAAAUUAAUUAUAAAUGGAAUUUUACAAAGUGAUAGACUUUUAGUUAAUGUAAAAAUUAUAUCAACAUUACUUUUGCAAUUAACAGAUUAUGAUAUAUCUUUGGCAUUAAAAUUAUUUGAUAAAUAUCAUAAUGAUAUGAUUUGUCAUAUUGAAAAUAAAAAAAAAAAGAUUAAUCAACAAGAAGAAAAAGAAAGAGAUGAAGAAGAAAUACAAUCUUUACAUAGAGUUCAAUUACAACCAUUCGAAAUACUAUUAGGACAUUAUGUAAAAAAACAAGAUUUAGAUGGAUUAGAAACAUUCUGUUUGAAAUACAUUUCAGAAUAUGUAGUUUAUGUUAGCUCAAAACGAUUUGUUACUAUCCUUGAAUUUUUUUGUAAAGCUUCAUUUGAAAAGUUUACUGAAUUUGUAUUCCGUCUAUACAAUAUCGAUUCGAUAGCACCAAAUUUAUCAAUUAGCACUAUGAUUGCAUCAUUGUUAGUUCAAAGAUAUUCCAAUGAAGGUUUCAAUAGAUUCUUUGACUAUCAUAUAGAGAGAUGGGGUCACAUCACUGGUAAAGAUGCUUCUGAUAUAUUUGCAUUUUUAAUACCAACUAAAGAUAUAAAAACAAUUGUUAAAGUCCUAAAUUGUAUCGAUUCAAAUAAAAGUAAAAAUAAUUCUACCAAAUUAGGAUCCAAAGUGAUUGUCAACUUAUUCAAACUCUUUUCAAAAUCUGAAAAAGAUAUACCGACAUUGGUUAGAUAUCAAGAUCUAAUAUUCAAAGAAAUGAGAAAAUUAGAUCCAAACGAAAUUGCAGAUAUAAUUUUCUUUUAUAAUGUUUUUGCUGUUAGUAACUUCUAUAAAGGUGAAUUUAAAAUUAAUAGACAAUUCCUAUCAAGAUUACAUGGUGAUUUCUUAAGAACUCUACCAAAAGAAACAAUUAAAGUCAUUAUCGAUGAUUUGGUUAAAUAUUUCCUUUCAGCAAAUCAUUAUGAAAAAUCAUUAUAUUGGUUCAAUGCAAAUUCAACAAUAUUUGCCAAUGAAAUUAGUAAAGCCUCAAUAUUCAGUUUCAUUACUUACCAUACUUUACAAUUAGAUAAUAUCAAUAUAAAAAUUAAAGAUUUAACUAUACAAACUACUACCACCACUGCUACUGAAAUUAUUGGAGAAAAAGAAAAAGAAAUGUUAGAGACAGAAAUAGAAGAAUAUUUAAUCAAUAAAAAGAAAAUUGAAGAAUAUUGUCAAUUUUGGAGAGAAACCUUAAAGCUAUCUGAAAAUCAAACUUUUGAUGAUAAAUAUUUAGGUAUGCAGAAAUCUGUUUAUUCAGAGUUUAAGAAUUUAAAUCCUUCAGAAAUAUUGAAAUCAGUUUAUUAUAUACCAGAAGGCUACGAAGGAAUUCUAUCUCAAAAAGUUGAUUACAAACGUCAAUUAAAAUUUAACAGAGAUUAUCUUCAUGAUAUUGCUUUAUCAGCAAUGUUAAAAAAUGAUAAUUUUAAAGGUUCAGAGAUUUUCCAUUAUUUAAAUGAUAAUUUCUUAAAGAAAUCACAAUUACCAUUUGGUACUUUAUUAUUAGAUACAAUUUUAAAAAUUCAAAGUCUUAAUAAAAGAGAAAAUCAAAAAGUAAAUAAUAAUAAUGAUAAUAAUGAAAAUGAUAAUAAUAAUAAUGAUGAUAUUAAAAAAGAAGAAGAAGAAGAAGCAGAUGAAAAUAAAGAUGAAAAAAAAUCAGAUAUUAGCGGUUAUUGGGAAAAUAAUGAUUCAGGAUUUUCAAGAUUAACAAAUAAAGAAAUUAAUUUUAUUCAACCAAUGUUGGAAGGAAUAAAGAAUGAUUUAAUACUUGAUAGAGAUUUAUUUGAUGAAAGAUAUGACCAAAUUUUAUCAACAGUACAACAAUUGUUAUUGUUACCGGAAUUUGGUAAAAAUGAAAUUCAAAUAUUAAGAUUAUCAUUAUUGAAUCUUUAUUUCUAUAAAACUGAAGAAUCAAUGGUAGAUUAUUUAAAAAUUGUCAUUGGAAUGAUUGAGAAUGAUUAUACAAUCCCAUUUGAUGUAUUUGAACAAACUUGUUGGUUAGUUUUAGAACAUUACAGUAAAUUGGUCGAUAAUGGUAGUGUUGAAAAUAUUACAUUGUUACUUAAAUUCAUCGAGAAAUUCACUAGAGAGAAUCCAACUUUUGAAAUUGGUUAUUUGAUAGUUUUAAAAUAUUUAUGUUCUCGUGGUAAAUACAGUAUAGCUUUAUCCUACAUUAGAUUGAAUCCAAAUUUCAGAAAUACUCAUGACACUUUGUUAAUUGAAACCAAUUGUUUAUUAGGACUUAAGGAAGAAUCAACUAAUUGGAAAGAAUUUUUUGAUAGAAUCAAAUCAUUUGAAAAGUUUGAAAAUCUAUCAUUCUUAUUUAAUCCAAUUAUCAAACAUUUGAAGAAAUAUCCAAAUGAAUUGGUUGAUUUUGAAAAUUCCGUUUUAACUAGACAUCCAUAUUGUUCUUCUUUAAUCAAUAUUGAUAAUGAAGCUUUGGAAGCACUUAUCUAUCAUAAUAGAAACGAUCCUGUUCAAUUGAAAUACUAUACCAGAAGUUGUCUUCAACCUUACCAAACAACUGAUUUUUUAUUUUUCAUUGAUCAAACAAAAAAUUUAGAAAGAAGUGAAUUUAUUAAAGAUAUAAUAGAAAAAUGUAGACCUGAUGUUACUAGAUAUUCAACUGAAUAUUUAAAUGAAAGCCUAAAUAAAAAAUAA